CAUGGUGCGUCAAAGGAACCUCUCAAAUGCUUCGUCGACUGCUUCUCUCCCCGAAAGUAAUCAGGAGCUCGAGAGCAUGUAUGACUAUCUGGCCAAGGUCAUUCUUCUAGGGCCGAGCGGGGCGGGAAAGCUUCGUCGGUCACUGAUAUCUUCGCUAUUGCAGGUCUUGCGUGUUACACCGAUUUGUGAAGAGCGAAUGUACGGUACUCUAUCUCUGAUUGGAAUUUCAUCCCCCCAUUUACAAAAUUAUGCCAACCCUCCUGGUUUCCCACGCUCAUUCCGGAGUUGGACGCGGUCGCUAAUAUGCCUCUCUCCCUUAGGGCGAGUGCUGUCAUCCCAAACAAUUGGGGUUGAAUUCUCCUCGAAGAUUGUCAAAUUAGGCACCGGGCCGCGACGAACACGUAUCAAAUUGCAGCUUUGGGAUACCGCUGGAACGGAGAGGUUUCGAUCCGUCUCCAGGUCGUAUUACCGAGGAGCUGCAGGGGCCAUUCUCAUCUAUGAUAUAACAUCCCACGCGUCAUUCGUCUCUCUUCCCACGUUUCUCAUGGAUGCACGUGCACUUGCUUCCCCCAAUCUGAGCGUCCUACUAGCCGGUAAUAAGUCAGACCUUGCCUCCGACUCCGUGCCACCUUGCGAUCCCCUUGAUGACAAUGCACGCCCACCUCCCACACCGUCUAGUACAUCCAGCAAGGUAUCUUUUCCCUUUGGAUCAAGCGGCGGCUCCGUACGCUCAAACUAUGAUACCACAACGAGAAUGACGGCCACACAUGCACCUCAUGGUCGUGAGGUCAGUACCGAAGAGACUUCGCACUGGGCGGCUAAGUCCAACAUUCCCGUUGCAGUCGAGAUCUCAGCUCUCACGGGUGAGGGCGUAGAAGAGCUCUUCAACCGGCUGGCCCGGAUAAUUCUCACAAAGAUCGAGUUGGGCGAGAUUGACCCAGACGACCCCCAAAGCGGGAUUCAAUACGGUGACGGGGCUCUCUAUGGCCAUGGCACGAGCGACGGUUCCAGCAAUCGAAGUCGCAUGUCGCUCGACGACGUCUGGCAUGAGGGAAUGGGAAGAUGUAUUUCGCUUGAGCGAUUCGCACCAGAGGAGAGGUCGCGGCUGCUGUUAGUAUUCUUUGGGCCGGAUUACCACUAAUCAACAGCUUUGUUAUUCGCGGUUUUCUUUUCAUACUUUUUCCGAUGAUCACACCCGACACUGGUCUCAACCUACCACGAUAAAAUGAGCCCACCGCAUCUUGAUUUUUGCUCACAAAACGGCUGGUCGGUUGUCCAAAUUAUGUCGUGGAAGCGCACUGCGUCAUUUCGGCCGAAGGCUUACUUUUUGACCUCUCGUAAUUUGUGAGGUGAAUGACGGCCGGUAGGCUUGGUUCGUGCAGCAUGAUACCCCCUAUAGUCAAGCACUGUGACUACCAUGUUCAGUAAGCGAGUUAUUUGAGUUUGAAUAUGCAUUCCAGAAGUUGAUU